AUGCUGACGAUGCUGGUCUUGGCCAAAUUUGUCCAUGAGGACAACAGCAGCUUUGCACCACGAAUCUCCGAACGUCAAGACUCCCUGGUGACUGGCAGUCGGCAGGCUGAAAACGCAACCGCCUCGUGGUCAAUGCACGAGCCGCUUGCAUCAAAGACGUGGAGCCCGCCUGAAGCGGACAUCGAAGUGUCGUGGAGAGCACUUGCCGAUUCCAUGUACGAGGCCAAGGUUAAGGCUGUCGCUGUAUUGGUGACCCCGAUGUGCCUCGCUGGCUUGGCGAUGCUGCUCUCCUAUUUCUGGCUUACAACGACAUCUUGGAGCUCCAAGACCGAUACUUCAAUUACUUCAAAAGACCAAGCUCUGGGAGGCUUGGGCCCUCUCGAGAAUUUUCCCGUGCACGCAGCACCCACCACCGCGGAUGUGCACGACAAGCUUCUCAGCAAUCCAGCUCCGGAUCCCUCACUCGCUCGGCCAAGCCACGAACCUACAAAUGAGGCUGCUGGGGUACAAGGUCAGGACGAAGUGCCGCAGAUCCAGCAGGCGAUUAGUGACAGCCCGGCUACAUAUUUGAGAAGUGGUGUGGAACACUCGGGUGGCGAGAUCGUCGUGGAAGCCCUGAGAUUGGCAGGAGUCAGCCGCUUGUACGGCAUCCCAGGCGUGCAAAAUCUCGCUUUGUACAAUGCGAUUUGCAGCCCGCCAGAAGCAGGAUGUUUUUCUGAUCGGCAAGACUUCAAUUUGGCAAUGCACUUGAUUGGUAAUGAGGAGGCUGCUGGCUAUAUGGCCUGGGCAACCUGGCACAUGGAGCGAAAGCUGGGAUGUGCCUGUGUGAUUGGAGGCCCAGGAGUGACACAUGCACUCGGGGGAAUUGCGUGUGCCCUGAGGGAUCGAACUCCAAUGCUGGUCCUGACAGCAGGUGUCCGUGCAGGGGCCGAGCGUUUCCAGCUACAUGACGUGGACAAUCUUGCAGUCCUGAAGCCAGUAUGCAAGGCCCUGUUUCGACCAGCUUCAGUGGAGAAGAUCGCCGAAAGCAUCGCCGAAGCUUGCAAGGAAGCCCUGACUGGACGGCCGGGGCCAGUGGGAGUUGAGAUAGCAUGUGAUCUAUACAACAGGCGUGGCCUUUUCGAGUGGGCUCCCAGCGUGGACCUGGGUUUGGUUCCAGAUGCGCCUGCGCCAACACAACCGGCCCCUUCGGUCGUGAGCAGGCUAGCUGAUGAUCCGAUCAUUGGUUUCAUACACUUCAUCAUGACAGAGGUGGCGAGAGCUGAACUGUGCUGCACAUUGGUGGCAGAACCGGGCUACUGCGCGGAGGCAGCCGCAGUUGCAAAGGCAAGCUCGACGGUUUCUUGGGAGCUCCUGUGUCCUGGGUGUGGUAACCGCCCCAGCAGCUUUGCGGCACAGAGCCCGGGAAUAGCCACUCCGACGGCCAUUGCUGCGGCCAGGACGCAAGCUGGGUCCAAGCAAGGGGGCAAGCGAGGCAUCGUCAUCGCGCUCCAGGAAGAGGCGGCGUUGCCAGCGCAGGGCUUGGAACUCUCGCAUGCUCACCACCUGCCGCUCCUUAUCCUGACGGUGCCCAGUGUGUCUGGGCCUUCUGGGCCUUCUGGGCCUUCUGGGCCGGAUGUCCGCGCUUUUGCACAAAGCCUGGGGCUCAGAGCACAUGAGAUGGCCGCGCCAACGUAUUCUCAGAACCACACGAAUGCACUGGUGGCUCUUCAAGAUGCCUCCGCGUCGAGAACCACCCUUCUGGCUGUUCAAGGUGACCCUAUCAACGCGAUGGAUGGCAAGCUCCCAGAGAAGUUGGUCAAAGCAAGUUCAGCCUUGGUCGAGGCGCUUUGUGCAUCAGGGAUCCGUGUCUUGUCUUCCGCCUGUGUCAGCCCUGGGCACAAACGAAUGAUGCAUGCGCUUCGUGAAGCGGCCUCUGCAAGUUCCUUGGCAGUGGUGGGUUGCACUGAUGCGCAGAGCGUGGGCUUCGUUGCCGAUGGAGCGGGGAGAUGCUUUGAGGCAGGGAAUAAGGCAGUGGGGGCCUGCAUCGUGGAUUCUCUUGAUGCGUUCUCCUUGCCAGCGCUUUCCGGUGUGGGUGAAGCCUGGCAAGAUGGUGUUCCAUUACUGCUCCUAGUGCUCAGCACGCACGCGACCGCUCAUGGCACCGGGCCUUUGACGGAGUUCUCGAAGAAGCUUGUCUUGGCGUCGUCGCCCGAGUCGUGGGAGAGCGACUUCAAGGCAGCAGCAGAGCUUGCAUGUGCAGCACCUGCUGCACCGGUGAGUAUUCUGUUGCCUCGUAGCCCUUUCCUCGAAGCCUUGCGGGGUGCUUGUGCCGACAGUCCCCGUGGCCCAUCGCUUCUGGAGGCAAGUGACGCAAGUGACACUGGUGCACUGGCAGCCUUCCAGCCAACCAUCCCGCCAGCUUUGAAAGCGCAGCCGGUGCCACUAACGAACCCACCUCCACUUCCAGUAGAGGCAGGUGCAGAGGCUGCUGUCUCGCUGCUCCUCUCGGCUAAGCGGCCGUGGAUUCAUGUUGGAAUGGGAUGCGCAUGUGAGGAGGUUUCUGGCCACAAAGGGCUUGUGCAGCUUCUGGCCGAGUCUUUGGAAGCGCCGGUUUCAAGCACUUUCUCUGGGAAAGGUGUGCUCCGCGAGGACCACCCGCUCUGGCUCUGGCCCAUUGCGGGACCUGCAAUGCCGAAUCAGUUGCGCGAGGUUGUGGAGAGCUGCGAUGCCGUCCUCAUACUGGGAGCACAGAUGGGCGAAAUCGCUUCCUGCAGGAGGCAGUGGCCAGCACGAAGGAUGAAAGUUGUGCAUGUGGAUGCCGACGCGACGGUGUUGGGUGCGAACUUUCUGCCCGACGUGCCCGUUCUCGGCAGCGUGUGCGCAGUGCUAAGUCUGAUGCUGUCAGACUUGCAGAGACGAGGAAUCCAGCCAAACAUGCGGCAAGCAGAGGAAGGAGAAGAGGGCGGCGAGGGCGGCUUCCACGAUCCGACGCUGAGAGGGGAGCUCAAGGCAGCGCACGAGGCACUCCAGGCCCAGAUGCGAGCGGAAGCACUGGGCCUGCCGGAGCCGGGCCAAUGCUCACCGUUUGGCCUCUACAAAGCCUUGCAGGAUGCCAUGCCCCCAGAUUCGGUGUUUGUGGCCGACUCUGGAAACGGCACCGUGCUCUCCGCCGAAUUUCUGCGACUGGCUGGCCCUCGGCGCUUCCUUGCUCCGACCGACUUCUCCUCCAUGGGCUACUGUGUUCCCGCAGCCAUUGGCGCGGCCUUAGCUGCCAGGGCCAAUGGUCGUCAAGUGAUGUCUGUGGCAACCGUCGGUGAUGGCAGCUUGCUGGCAAUUCGUUCAGGGCUGUGUAGGUGUUUAGCGGUGUUUGGCGGUGUUUCUGGCGAUGUUUCUGGCGCUGGCUUGUCUGCCACAGGUGCCUUCUUGAUGACGGGCAUGGAAAUCAGAACAGCUCUCGAGUUGAAGCUCCCGGUCAUCUGUGUGAUCCUUAGAGAUGGAGAGUUGGGCAUGAUCUCCGGGCUUCAGCGCGCUCAGCAAAACGAGGUGUAUUGCACGCAUGUUCCAGAGUUGAUGGACAUGGUUGCUCUGGGCAAGUCCCUCGGUUUGCCCUCUCGACGAGUCACCUCAGAUGAGGAAGCGAAGCAGGUGGCAGAGUGGGCACAUGCACGCUGUGCCGAUGGGAAGGGUCCGGUUCUCAUUGAGGCCAUGGUCUCCUACGCAGCGCCCUCCUUCUAUGCAAGGGGUGCAACAGGCCAAGAGCCUACCGCCCAAGUGGAACCCGCACCUGUUGAGCCACUCCCUUUGACAAAGCUGCCAGAACCGCCAAGUCGACAAGCAGAUCUGGAAGCGCAGACGUUUGCUGCAAAAGCCCUGGCACAUCACGCCGAGUCCUCUUCAUGGGAUAUCGCGGAAUGUCUACGCACUGCAGUUGCGACGAAUCCACAUGGCAAGAAUUCCGUGCAGGAUGGCGGAGCUGCCUGGAGCUACGCGGAGCUUGCCACAAAGGUCUUCAAUCUGCAAGGUGCCCUGAGCUCCGCGGGAGUGGGCGCCGGCCACCGUGUGGGCAUCAUGAUGCCUAACUCGGCGGCCCACUUCGCCAUUACCGGGCCUGGGCUCCGAGCAGUGGCCUUGAACCUGAGCCCGCGGCUGCAGCCUCCAGAGCUGCUGAGGCUCCUUGAAGAUUCCAAUCCGCGUGCCCUGAUAUGCCACAUGGACAGCAAGCCGUUGCUGAUGGCUACCUUGGAAGCCAAAGUGGACUGGCAUCCACCUGUAUUUUGGUCAGGCCGGUUUGUAACAAGAGCUUGCCAUGCCCUCUGA